AUGGUGAAGCAGCGCAUGGGGUCCGUGGACGUGGCCGGGGAGGUGGCCUGCCUGCGGGAGCGCGUGGUGGGGCUGCGGCUGGCAAACCUAUACGACCUGAACUCAAAGACCUAUGUGCUGAAGCUUGCCAAGAGCGGGUCUGAGGGGGAGAAAGUGUUCCUACUGCUGGAAAGCGGCAGCAGGCUGCACACGGUCCAGGUCAUCCGUGACAAGCCUGACGCGCCCUCAAACUUCUGCCUGAAGCUGCGCAAGCACCUGCGCACGCGGCGGCUGGAGGGCGUGCGCCAGCUGGGGGUGGACAGGGUCGUGGACUUCACGUUUGGCGCGGGGGACACGGCGUACCACCUGAUCCUGGAGAUGUACGCGCAGAUGUGA